AGACUCAGCUCAGCAUCAUCAUCUGUAUAAUUUAUUUUUAUUUUGGUAUAAAAUGCUGGAUUUCUGGAUGUUGGAAUUAAGUUCAGUUACGACAUUCCGACAGUGAAGAAGAUCUCGACAAAAGUUAAAAAUAAACAAAAAUAAAAAUGUUCAAAUUCAUCUGCAUCUUGGCUUUCGCUUCCUGCGCUUUGGCUGCCGCGAUUGAAAGCACCACAGAAAAACGUGAAAUCAUUCCAUUGGUCAAAUACGAACGUGUCAACAAUCCUGAUGGCUCAUUCCAAUUCUCUUACGAAGGUGGCGACAAGUCAUUCCGCGAAGAAACCGCUCAAGUUGUAGAUGCCGGCACCGAAGACGAAGCCCUUGAGGUAUCCGGUUCUUAUCGUUACAUCGAUGAAGAGGGUCGUGAAAUCGAAGUGCACUAUACAGCCGGUAAGAAUGGUUUCAUUCCCGUCGGUACCAACAUCUUGUCGGAGAUCUCUGAAGGUGCCAAGGCUGCCGCUAAAGCUGCCGUCGAACAAGCCGAAGAAGAGAAAAGAAAUGCUAAGUCUCAUUAAGUGAUCUGUUCGUCUGCAUCUGAAAAUGUACUCAGGGAAUCAAGUCAAUGUCAUGUGAAAUAAGUAUUUUUUAUUGAACGGAAUUUAGUUGUUAUUGAAAUUUGUAAAUAAAGCUUUAUAGUAGUUUAAGACAAAUAAA